AUGCAAGAGGAUGCUGGGAGAUACAAGAGGAUGCUGGAAGAUACAAGAGGAUGCUGGGAGAUACAAGAGGAAGCUAGGGGAUACAAGAGGUACAAGAGGAAGCUGGAAGAUACAAGAGAAUGCUGGGAGAUACAAGAGGAUGCUGGAAGAUACAAGAGAAUGGCUGGAGAUAUAAAGAGAAGCGGGAAAGAUACCAAAAGAGGAUUGCUGGGAGAUAAAAGAGAUACAAGAGGUAACAUCUAUCAGAGGAUGCUGGGAGAUCAGAAACAAAAAGGAAGCUUGGGAAGAUACAAAGAUGAAUGCUGGGGAGAUAACAAAGGAAGCUGGAAGAUACAAGAGGAUGCUGGGAGAUACAAGAGGAUGCUGGGAGAUACAAGAGGAAGCUGGAAGAUACAAGAGGAUGCUGGGAGAUACAAGAGAUACAAGAGGAAGCUGGAAGAUACAAGAGAUACAAGAGGAAGCUGGAAGAUACAAGAGGAUGCUAAGAGAUACAAGAGGAAGCUGGGAGAUUAG